AUGGAAAACUACCAGAAGAUUGAGAAAAUCGGUGAAGGAACGUACGGUGUCGUCUACAAGGCUCGGGAACUGAAUCACCCCAACCGUAUCGUUGCUCUGAAAAAGAUCCGUCUUGAGGCCGAAGAUGAGGGUGUUCCCAGCACGGCCAUCCGCGAGAUUUCCCUCCUCAAGGAAAUGCAGGACCCCAACAUCGUCCAAUUGCUCAACAUCGUUCACGCCGACGGUCACAAGCUCUACCUUGUCUGUGAAUUCCUCGACCUCGACCUGAAGAAAUACAUGGAGGCUCUGCCGGUCAGCGAAGGCGGUCGUGGCAAGGCUCUUCCCGAUGGGACCAUGAUGGGCGCCAACCUGGGCCUGGGCGAGGCCAUGGUGAAGAAGUUUAUGGCACAGCUGGUCGAGGGCAUUCGCUAUUGUCACAGCCACCGCAUUUUGCACCGUGAUCUCAAGCCACAGAACCUGCUUAUCAACCGUGAUGGUAACCUGAAGCUGGCUGAUUUCGGUUUGGCAAGAGCUUUUGGUGUCCCGCUUCGGACUUACACUCACGAGGUCGUCACGCUGUGGUAUCGAUCCCCGGAAAUUCUGCUCGGUGGUCGCCAGUACUCCACUGGAGUCGACAUGUGGUCCGUCGGCGCCAUUUUCGCCGAGAUGUGCACACGCAAGCCACUCUUUCCCGGGGACUCUGAGAUUGACGAGAUUUUCAAGAUCUUCCGCGUCCUCGGUACCCCGGACGAAGAGGAAUGGCCAGGUGUCACCUCGUUCCCUGACUACAAGGCUACUUUUCCCAAGUGGAAGCGCCCCGAUGCCCCCAUCGUCCCCGGUCUCGAGGAAAAUGGCCUUGCGCUACUAGAGGCUCUUCUUGAAUACGAUCCGGCCCACCGGCUGUCCGCUAAGCAGGCCUGCUUGCACCCAUACUUCCAGAACGGCAGCUCCUUUUACUCGGGCCGCACUGUCGGCGCGCGCAACGGUUAUCACUAA